AUUCUAAUCAAUUAAUCUUUGCAAUAAACGUGUUCUCCCCUGCCUCCCCUACAGGGUUCGACUUUGUCCGCCAGCUCGUGCCAUUGUCUUCUCAACGUGUUCAUAUAACAAGACGGUGGGACAGAGGUGGACAUUUUUGCCUGAGUACAUGAAUAGGUCAACGUAAUAAUCAAAAUGGCAUCUGUGUGUGUGCGGACGCCAAAAUUAUCCAAGUGGUUUUCCUUCCUUUCGCUCCAUCCUUGAUCAAAAUACACCUUUGUAGACCUCACAAACUAAGAGGAAAUGUGUGGAAGAAUACUCAAGGUGAAAGAAGAGGGCUUCAAAGUCUACAAACCGACGAUGACACGGUCACAACUUUAGAUAGCUGUUUGAUCAAAUACAUCAGUUCGUUUUUACGACGAGGAAUCGACCACGCGCAUGAAGAAUGCGAUACACGGAAUGAACGGUUUACCAUCUGGGAGAAAAGCUGGAUGCUUACCUCACAGUCUGUUGAGCUGUACUCAAGCUUGAUGAUUAUGAUUAUGUCAACGUGCUUGUUGUCUACUUCCAAAUGGAAGAGAGACAAUCACUGGGCCAAAAGUUAAUUGAGAUUUUUGCUUGUAUCUGUGGCUUGGAGAAGGAAAUUCUCUGCCCACUUCUGUGUUCUGUCAUGGCUACAGAACUGGAAAUACAGAUUAUGAACAGGAAAGUGGAGGAUCCCACUGCCUUGUUCCAAUAUCCUCGAAGUUCUCCUGAUGCAGUGCUCAAGUUUGUGACAGACAUCUUUUCGUCUCAAGAUACUUCUGAGUUUUUUUACACCUCAGAUAUGAAAAUCCUGAUAGAGAUUGUUCUACGACAGCUGACGGAUCUUUCUCCUGGGACUGGGGUCGGUUAUCGAAGCAGCUUUUUUUUUCUAUGAGAACGGAGUACAUAUCAUUACUACAUCAAAUCCUGUUGAAUUCUAACUACAGUGAACACAAACAUCAGGCUAGUGAACUCCUCACUUGUCUGACGAGAAUCAGAAAGGAAGAAGAAAAAGAAGGCGAACAAGACAGACUUAUUGCCCAAGAAAUACUCAAACACGCGUCGAAAUAUUUUUAAUUUUCAAUUGGGCGUCGGAAGUAACCUGGGAUCGCUUUGGUUUGGUUUUUCUUUGCUCUCUGAUUGGUGCAGACAACUCACGUCAUACAUACAACCAAUCAGAUGCAAUCUGUAGUUAAUGACGCUUUGACUUCUCGCAUUUUCCCGCGUAUGCCUUUACUUCUGAGAUAUUUUCCUUUGCUUUGAUUGGUCGAUAUGAUUAUUUUGGUGUUAGCUUUGCAACAACCAACCCAAGGGUCCUUUAGAAUGAAUUUAUGCUUAUUCAACUGUUUUUUACGUAUUUUUGCUGCAGACUUUAAAUUAUAACUCGAAGCUUCCCUACACAAAAAGAUGUUAUAUGCUAAUAAAAUUAUUUUGAAGA